GGACUCACUGUAAAUGGAAGCUCUUUAGGCUGGAAUCAAACUAAUCAUUGCAAGCUGCUAGACGCGUUGGCCCAUGAUCAAUUGCAAAUUUGUCGGCGAAAUCUCGAGCUGAUGCACAGUAUUGUCCACGCGGCCAAGAUGACCAAAAAUACAUGUCAGAACACCUUCGGUGACAUGCGGUGGAACUGUUCCUCUGUUGAAAAAGCCCCUCGUUUUACACCGGAUUUAGCAAAAGGUAAGCUAAAGAAACUUUGGAAAUGUAGGCCUAUCUUGAAAAUGUUAGAAUAUAUUGUGGCCAGUAAAAUUCUGUGAUUUGGGAUUUUCUGUGAAUAACUGUUGAAUAUGCUGUACUGAAGGAACCAGGGAGUCCGCAUUUGUGUUCUCACUAGCUGCUGCCGUAGUGAGUCACUCCAUCGCCAGAGCCUGCUCUUCUGGAGAGCUCCCCAGUUGCUCGUGCGCCCCAGCCCCUGCUGAACAGGCCGGGCCCGACUUCAAAUGGGGAGGAUGUGGUGAUAACCUGCGCUAUGGUCUCCAAAUGGGAUCUGCCUUUUCUGAUGCACUGAUGAGAAACAGCAAAUCUGGCUCUCAGCCGUUCAGACUGAUGAACUUGCACAAUAAUGCAGUUGGAAGACAGGUAACGGUCGAAUUUUUACGCACUUCUCACAAUGACAUGAACGGUUAUUGUGCCAUUGUUUUUCAUGGCAUUCCUUUUGGCUCAACAUGAUAAACAACAUAUUAUAUUCUAUAAUGCAUAUUCGCAAAACGUGGCAACACAUUUUAAUAUUCUUUUUGCUCUACUUUCAGGCACUUAUUGAUGCCCAGGAGACCAAUUGCAAAUGCCACGGGGUGUCCGGAUCCUGCUCUGUCAAAACAUGUUGGAAGGGCCUCCAUGAUAUUAACCACAUUGCCAUGGAUCUCAAAUCCAAGUACCUGUCUGCCACCAAGGUGAUCCAUCGUCAUGUUGGGACAAGGAAGCAGUUGGUCCCCAGAGAGUUGGAUUUUCGACCAGUGAGAGAGAGUGAGUUGGUCUACCUGGUCAGCUCUUCGGAUUACUGCACACACAAUGAGAAGCAUGGCUCACUCGGUACACAGAACAGGUAUGAUUGUGUUUCUCUCAAUGUAACAGUGGAAAUUGUCAUUUUUACUGUACCUUUGACACUUCGAAGGUCGAAAUAUGUUGAUCCUCUCCCAUAUUUAUAUUUUUUAUUUAUAUAGUGUGGUUUAUUGAUUGGAACAUUCUUUUUUUGUCUCCAGACAGUGCAAUAAGACAUCCAACAACAGUGGGAGUUGCAAUCUAAUGUGCUGUGGUCGCGGCUACAAUGCCUUCACUGAGAGAAUUGUGGAGAGAUGCCAAUGCAAGUACCACUGGUGCUGCUAUGUCACCUGCAAGAGGUGUGAAAGGACAGUGGAGAGA